AUGGCACGUUGGAAACUUGAAGGAGAGUCGGAUUAUGUGCCGCAUCAUGUUUUCCGACCACAGAAUCUCAGAAAACAAGAUCCAGUAAACGGAAACUGGAUCAUCAACUUGUCAAAAGAACACAGCAAAAAACACAAUCGAAACAAGAAUCUUCACCAGGAAGGUCUUCCCGCUCCAAAACAAAAUGACGAAAUCAAGACGAAUAUUUUAACCCUAAAAGAGCUUCUGCGAAAUCAUGGCUGGCCGGAAGCACAUUUACUCACGAAAGCGCGGCUUUUUGGCGGCUGUUAUACAGAUGUUCUUUCAGAAGAAAUGAAAGAUAUAAACCUGGUAACGCUGGAUGUCACAGAAAACUACCUGAACCUAGAUCAGUUACAGUGUUUCUCCAAAAACUUGGAAAUCCUUGAGAUGAGCUACAACAGUAUAUUUCGAAUUCGCUUGCCCGACCCGGAAGUCUACAAAAACCUGAUAUUUAUGGACUUGAGUUUUAACAAGCUAAAUGGCGAUUGCUUGGCUAGCCUUGGAAAGCUAAAAAGCCUUCAAGUCCUAAAUCUGAGCGGAAAUCAAAUCGGAGAAAUAACAAUCGAAGAUGGCGCAUUUACAAAACUAAGAAGUCUUCUCCUAUCAACGAAUUCGCUUCAAUCACAGUGUUUCCAUCAACUACAGUACAUUCCGUCGCUACAAGAGCUCUAUCUGAAUGAAAACCACAUCGAGGAGAUUCCCGUUGUCGGUUCAGAAACUGGACACUUGAUUUUAAAGCACUUGAAGCUGCUCGAUUUAUCCUCCAAUCCUAUCAAGACAGAAGAAUCGCUUCUUCCGGCGGCGAGUAUGCCCUCACUUCAGCGGCUGAUUAUAUCGAAUACGAUUCUUACGCAAUCUGUAAAAGGCGAUCCUCCACUUUUGAAAGAGUAUCUGACCCAGCGACACGGGAUGGCCAUCCAGAGACAAGCUACAGAGCCGCCAAAGAAGACGCCAAUUGUCAUUCAGCAUCCAAUUAUUAUUCAAGAGUUCGAGCCGAAAGUAAAGAAGUCUACAGUCGAUCAACGAAUAAAAGCAUACCGAGAAGAACAAGCAGCAAUCAAGCACAAGGAACAACUCGCGAUUCAAAACUCCAAAAGUCAACUCCAGUCACUCGAAAAAGAAAAAGACAUCUCCAUAGACCAAAAAGACCCAACAGAAAUGCCUCAAGAUUCAUUCUUCCUCACACAAAAUCUCGACGAAGAACCACCCGUCCAAGAAAAAGAGAAGAAUGAAAACGAGCCGGAGCCGACUUAUGAGUCCGAGUUGUCGAAGAUCACUGCGUUGGCGAUGCGCGAAGCGGAGCUUGAUCUGGAGCAAGAAUUGACGCCCAUCGAGAAAAUUCUAGAGCUGACAGAAGAUGAAAAGGUCGAGUACUCCUACAACGUCGAGCCGCUUUCCCAGACCGCCGCUUACAAUCAGCUCCGAGCCUUGCUAAUCGCUCCAUCAACAAAGACGUCGAUAAAAAUGCAAGAAAAAUGGCGCUACGAGGAUCGUCAAAAGAAGCUCGAUGAAAAACUGCACCGCAUCAAGAACAGAAGACCCUUCGCGAUGGAAGAAAUGAUCGAGCUUUUGGAACAUGAUGAUGACUCGACGAGAGAGCAAGCUGAAAUGCUCUAUUUCGACUUGAAAUCAAAAGUGGAACAAGUUCGGAUCAAUGCCAUCAAAGACGCUCGAGCUCUUCAAGGUCAGCCGGAAGAAGAACUGUAA